UUUUUGCCCUCACUAUUCAAAUCCCAUUCUCCAACGGUCAACAACCCCCAACAAUAUUUAAAUCCCCCAAGUUAUUUCCAAAACUAGCCGUUGCCAUCAUUCUCCCUUCCCUCUCAACAAACUCUCUCUCUCUCGCAAAUCAGAUCCAUAACAUUAAACAGAUUACUUUUUGACACUCAAUUCAAGAAAUCAGUCAAGAUUUACCCGUAAUCAGUACUUUGGCUAAAGAAUCCAUGGCUGCAAGCAAGAAGUUGGAUUCUCGCUCUCCAAUGCCAAGCAGACCAACCAAUCCUAGUUCAAGAAACUCAGAGACUAGUAAUCCAAUGAGAAGGAGUUUUAGUGGAAGCCCAUUUGUCAAACCCUCUAUUAUUUCCAAUCAAAGAGGAGGAGGAGGCUUUAACCCCAACACUUCUGUUAAUACUCCUUCAGAUUAUCCUCGAAGAAACUCCAUUAGCAGAGAAAAUAUAGUAGUUGCUUUCCCUGAUCACGAGGACAAAGAAAAUGGUAAAGACCAGAAUUGGAAAUCAGUGCGAAUACGUUCACCAGCAAAGGGUGCAAAGAAUUUCAUGUCUCCAACAAUUUCUGCAGCUUCAAAAAUUAAUGCAUCUCCAAGAAAGAAAAUCUUGGCGGACUGGAAUGAGCAAAUUCGCACUUCAAUCUCGUUUUCUGAUACUAAAAGCCCUUUGAUGGAAGACUUGUACUCAAAGCCGAACAAGGGUUUGAAUCAGAAGAAGGAGGUCUCGUUUGAUUCAACAGUCACUUACUUCGGAGACAAUGAGGAUUCCAAAAGUGAGGAACAUGUUGAUUUAAUGGUAGAUUCGAGUUCUAAAGAUGAUUUGGAUUUGUCAUCAGAGAACCUAACUAUGGAGAAGGAUUGUGUUAAUCUUGAUCCAAGUUUUGAGAUUAGUCCAAGGGUUUCUUCUUCAUUUCCAAACCCUGCUUUGGCACCUCUUGAUGCAGAUCCAUCAGUGCCUACUUAUGAUCCUAAGACUAAUUACCUCUCACCAAGGCCUCAGUUUCUUCAUUAUAGGCCCAACCCUAGAAUUGAGCUUUAUCUAAACAAGGAAAGAGAUGGCCAACCACUUGAGGAGAUUUUUGCAUCUGAGUGCUCUUCGGAAACUGAAGUUAGUGAAGCAGAAGACAGUCACUCUGAUGAUUCACGGAAAGAAUCGGAUGUUUCUUUGGCUGAUGAGAUGAAAGAAUCGGAUGCUUCUUUGGCUGAUGAGGUGAAAGAAUCGGAUGCUUCUUCAAGUGAUGAGGUGAAAGAAGAAGAGGAGCUGGAAGAGUUGUUGCUAGCAUCCGAGCCCAUUUCCAUUGGUACUUAUGUGGAGGAGGAGGAGCUGCUUGUAUCUGAACCCAAUUCCAUUAGUACUUCUGUGGAGAAGGCUGAAGAGAAAAGGGUGCCUAAAUCACGUUUCUAUACAAGAAGAAAGUUCAUCGCUUUGCUUUCGGUCCUGACUGUUGGAUUUUUAUAUGUUUCAGUUUCUAAAUCCCAAGUCAUGGAUCCUUCUGUGCUCAAUAACUUUACCUUUUUCGAGCCAUAUGUCCCACCUGAAUUCUCAGAGUAUAACAGGCAAACUUUUGAUGUUCUAGCUCAAAAGGUCCAGCUUUGGCUACAUCAGUCUCUGUGUUACACGCAUAAUCUGAUAAACUGCUUCAGAGGCGUGCGCAUUUUGGGCCCUUUUCAGUAUGCUAAUUUGACAGUUUUGCUCGAGGAUGACAUAGUUGAUAGUCAAUUUGUAUUUGACCAGAGCAUUUUAAGAUCGAAAGUUAAGUAUGAAGAGAAAGUUUUGGAGUCCAUAAAGGGGGCAGAGGUCAACUUUAAUCUAGCGGAUGAAGAAGAUCAACCAAGGGCAGUUGACAAGAACAUUGAAGUCGUAGGAGAUAAAAAUGAAUGGGAUUUUAAUAGUGCUCCGGAUUCUGAAGAGCUUGGUGUUCCCGAGUCCAUAAAGGGGGCAGAGGUCACCAUUAAUCUAUCGGAUGAAGAAGAUCAACCAAGUGCAGCUGACGAGAACAUUGAAGUCGUAGGAGAUAAAAAUGAUUGGGAUUUUAAUAGUGCUCCGGAUUCUGAAGAGUUUAGUGUUCCCGAGUCUGAAGUAGCAAAUCUGCGCCCCGGAUCUGGGGUGACUGAAACUGGUAAGUCAGCACAAGAAGUCAUCCAAGAAAGUGCUGAAACUGCUGCCAACGUUGUGGAGCUUCAAAGUAACAUGGUCCUUGAAGACCAGUCUGUUCUGAUCCCACAAGCUGCAGAAAUUCAACCAGAAAUCUUGAAUUCCAUGCCAUCUCAAGGUAUAAAUGAUAUUAGUUCUGCAGGUAUUGAGUCCCCUGCAUCAGAGGUCAAUUUUGAAAUACUUGCAGGUGCUGCAACAGAAAAUCUACGGAGUUCAGAAUUAGUGAACGCACGCUCAGCACAGAUAAUGAUGGGAUUUUCCUUGAUUGUUUUCAGUCUACUUGGAACAGCCUUCGUUUAUAUGAAAAGUCAAACUCCCACAACUCGAAAUGCUGCAUCUACAGUAGAUCAAAUGCCAGCCACUAAGAAACUGGAUGAUAGCCCAAUGCCAGUUGCAGCAGAACAUACAGACAUUGUUGGAGAGUCAUGCCCAUCGGAAAUGAGCAGUUUCAGCUUGUCCUACAGCAAGAAAGGACAGGGGGGUGCAAGUGAAGCUCAUAACUGUGAGAGGAAGCCUAGGAAGAACAUUUACAGGAGAGAAUUCAUGGCUUCGCCGGAUUACUCUGUUGGCUCCAUGAGUUCGCCUUCUUACGGCAGUUUCACCACAUAUGAAAAGAUUAGCAAGCAUGGAAAUGAAGAUGAAGAGGUGAUCACUCCAGUUAGGCGCUCUAGCAGAAUUAGAAACCAAGUCACUUCUCCGUGACCCACAAAUCAAAAGCAAUUUCUGAAUGAUGUCCUCUCUAGUGAUUGAAUCGCUAUUUAAUUGCCGAGUUAGAUUGUUUCAUUGUUUGUGAUUAAGCAGUGAUUCUCAGAUUCUGUAGUUUUCCAUUGUUAAUACAGGUUUUCUUUUUUCUUUU